GUGGAGCACUUUUCACCCCGUUAUACAUAUUUUUCGCGCGUAUCGUGACUAUUAUCCCUUCGAAAAAGAAAAACGAGCCCAUUCUCGAAAAUAUCUAUGAAACCGAGCGAUCGAAAUCGAUCGAUCAGUGACUAUCAUUUUUGAACAAUGAACCAGUUACGAGCGACUCGCUUGCGCGAUGUUCGAUUUAACGUGUUGAGAAUCAAGAGAACGAUCGACUACGUUAAGUUUCUGUGCAUUGGUUGAUUGAAAUUUUAACGUAGCGCGAAAUCAUGGCUGUCAAGAGAAGAAGAAACGAGUCUCCUUAUCCAGGAUAGAAAGGGCGGACAUUCCUAUUCGAUCGGUGAUACUAUACUGACUGGGGGAAAAGCGAUCGAUCGGGCUGAAGAAACGCGCAAAGUAUGGAAUUUUCGGACCGAUAUGUCGUGAAGAUCGACAACAUCACGGAACUGAUGAACCUGAACGAGUCCGAGUACUUGCAGUCGAUCUUGGGACCGAAACACCUGCCGUUGAAGCUUGUGUUGCCGAUCACCUUCGUCUACGUCGCGAUCUUCGUCACCGGCGUGUUCGGCAACGUGGUCACCUGCAUCGUCAUCAGGCGAAAUCCCGUCAUGCAAACCGCCACCAAUUACUAUCUGUUCAAUCUAGCGAUAUCCGACCUGCUUCUCUUGAUUCUCGGACUGCCCAAUGAGUUAAGCGUGUUUUGGCAACAAUAUCCGUGGACAUUUGGAGUGGGUCUAUGCAAAAUACGAGCGUACGUUUCAGAAACGUCAUCUUACGUGUCAGUCUUAACGAUAGUGGUGUUCUCGUUGGAGAGGUACCUAGCUAUAUGCCACCCCCUGCAUUUGUACUCGAUGAGCGGACUGAAACGACCUGUACGAUUUAUCUUGGGUGCCUGGCUGCUAGCUCUCAUCUUUGCCCUACCCUUCGCCGCUUACACCACCGUCAAUUACAUCGAGUAUCCGCCAAGAUCCGGUCGUCAUUCCGAGGAGUCGGCAAUGUGUGCCAUGUUGCUGCCUAACAUGCCAAAGUUCCCGCUUUACGAGCUCAGCUGUCUCAUAUUCUUCCUCGUGCCGAUGUUGUCCAUAGCGGUGCUUUACGUGAGGAUGGGCCUCCGAAUACAAAGCAACGGUCUCGGUCAGAGCAUCGAGGGCUCCGUUCACGGAGAGACGAGGCAGGCUCAAUCACGAAAAGCCAUCAUCCGAAUGCUCAGUGCGGUCGUGAUAACAUUUUUUAUCUGCUGGGCGCCCUUUCACGCUCAACGCUUAAUGUACGUGUAUCAGGUGUCGGCCUUCAACGACAUUAACGAGUGGCUGUAUCCGCUGGGAGGUUGCCUGUACUACUUCAGCACCACCGUGAACCCGAUUCUGUACAACGUGAUGAGCGCCAAAUACAGGUUGGCGUUCAAGAGAACGCUGUACUGCACGCCGACGAGUCCCAUGAUCACGAGGGACGACCUCAGUAGUAUGAGAGAUACCACGGUCUGCAGAUGCGGAUCCAGAAGAGGGUCCCAGUUGGUUCGCGUGAGAAGUGUACACUACCAACGUAGUAUCAAAUGCAACGUGUCGCAUUCAAGCGCGAUGCUACGUUCGCCGAUAAGAUUACGUUACGACGACGAGGACGAUGACGUGAGCCACUGCGACGCGGAAAGGAUGCCGUGCGACUUCCUUAGUCCCGACACGCAGCCACAAGAUAUGAGGAGAUCCUCCUUCGCAGCGAGUAACGGUAGGACCAAAUAUCGAUCGAACGAAGAAACGCGAGACGGCAUCUCACCGAUCGUGGCGAACGAGACGUGCAUCUGAUUUCCGGUUUAUUCCGGAGAUAAAAGGAAGAAAUGCUGCGACGCGGGGAUCAUAAAGACCACUUGCAUCCUUGACAAGAAGCUAUCGUGCCGUUUCCGCGUACGCGACGAAACUGAUGUGGCUGCUGUGCAUUAUCCUGCGUUGAAGAACAGCUUCCCAGAGGACGUGUCGCGAUAUCCUGUCCGAGAUAAGUGUUCGUAGUCAGGACAAAGAAUCGAGUUUUGUGGAAAGUUGCAUUUAAAUGACGCAAAUAAACGAAAUCGUGAAGUGCUCGUGACGAAAAAUCAAACCAAGAAAGUUUGGCAAUAUUAAUAUGUUAAAUAUUAAUUUACUACAAUGUCGAACGUUACAAUCGCCAGUGAAUAUUUCGCGAAAUUAAUCGCAUUCCGUGCGUAAUCAAAUUAAUUAAUUAAUUAAUUAAUACAAGGCACAUUUCAUACGUAAAUUCGCGCUAACAAAAAAAAAUAUAUGAAUAACAAAAUCAAGUUACAAGACAAAAUCUAAUGUGUGUAAUUCCAAGUACAGAAGACCGGAAGCGAUGUAAAGAAAAAUAUAUCGCUAUUAUAGAUAUUUCGGAGUUUAUGUCAUAAUAAAUAAUUGACAUAUAAUCGACCAUAACAGAGAUUCAUAAAUUAAUAUAUAGCCUUACAAUCUUUUAACGUAUAAUUUAUAAUUCAAUAAAGUAUUAACAAAAUCAUGCACAUUUUCGGACAUUUCUAAUUCUAAUAAUUUUUCAAUAAUUACUUUAUCAAUUAUUUUAUCAACAGCUUCAAGAAAAUAUCGUAACUCUAAAAUCAAUGUAAAAUAUAUUUAUUUAACAUUUUAUAUUUCUGGUAAAAAAAACUUUUACAAGUAAGAUAAUUUUCUUGAAAAAAAUAUUUUUUAAAAUCAUAUUAUCUCUUUUUAUAUACAUUUAAUGAGAUUCUCUACAAUUGUGUAUCGAGCAGCGUAUUUUAAUCUAUCGAAAUCAUUAUUUCUCAUCUUAUAACUCUAUUUUAUCAUUCAUAAAAUUUCUUUGCGAGCUAAUUGAAAAUUCUGUCGACGCUUUGCCUGUGCGGUCAUUCGACAAUUAUUCGAUGUGCAAGUGUGAAAAAGCUAACAGUGAACGGAAAAGGGAUGAUGUCUAAAAAGACAAAACGACACGAGCGAUGCGUUAAUGAAGAGCUAUCUACUUUUACCUACAUCAUUCAAAGGAAUCGCGUGGAGACCUCAAUAUAUCGCGCGGGGAAAUAAACGCUCGAUAAUGAGAUGCGAAAAGGGAAGAACGGCGGAAUUCCUCUCGGAAAUCCUCGAUUCUCUGUCGGAUGAGGGAAUAGACGGAUAUUUAUCGGAUCUUCGACAUAUCCUGUCAACGGGACUUACGGGACAGAUAGGACACGCGUCUCGGGCAACUUCUGUGGACUCGAUCAACAGCGCGUUUGAUAAGCGCCUUUCGUAUGUGUAAUGUAACGCUCAAGGGAGACCGCGUCUCGAAUUGAAUGAAGCUCUCACAGGUUAAUCAGACGGAAGCCUCGCGACUGAGGUAUGUGGUUUCCGAAAAAAAGCUCGUGUCUCAGAAAAAAAGAGCUCGUUCAUCACCUUAUACUCGGGAAGGAUAAAAAAUAUCCGUAUGUACGUACGAAUGUGCGUGUGUUUGUGUACACGUAUACGGAUAACGUAUGCAGAAAAGGGACUUCAUAAUGUAUUCGUGCAGAAGAUUGCUUGCGAGUGGGUAAUCUUAAGGGAACGCCGGGAAAGGAAUUACUUUUCGUGCCUCAGGUACAAAGUGAGCGAUGUGCAAAGGAUUCAAAUGCGGUCGAGCGGGCAAGAGAUAACUGAACAGACAGAGAGACGGAUAAAAAGAAAUAAAACCAAAAUCGGCGGUUCGUUCGUAUCCGCGCAGUCACCGCGGGAGGCUUCAUUAUAAUCGAGGAAUUUUCAUUUCCAGAACCCGGGUGAAAUAAACUGUCGCCGAGAUGUAUCGAGACGAACGCUCAUAAACCCGCGUACGGGCGAUCCGCGGUCCGGUCGCAAAAUGUUUUUUAGCUCUCUCUCUCUCUCUCUCUCUUUCUCUCUCUCUCUCUCUGUCCGUGAGCGACAAAUCCGGGAUUUCGAUUUAAAAUUCUUACGUAAAAAAGUACCAUCAGGGCGGCUCGCGAGCAUGGAUCAACGUUGCAUCGACUUCGUUCGAGCGCGGGUACGCCCGAUUUAAUCGUCUGUACAUUGUGAAUGUAACGAGAUGCAU